UGUAAGGUGUGUGAGUGUUUGUCGACAGAUUGCUCUCCUUGUAGCCCGAACCUCUCUUGACUGACACCAGUAGUGAAUGUAUUUAUUCUGUCAUUAGUUCCUACUUCAAGACUUUUCGUGUGUCAUUGAAAAAGAGCUUUUGAUAAGACAACUCAAAGCAAAGUUGAAAAUACAAGAUGGCGACAUGUGAUCACGUGGCAUGGCGUCGAUGGCUGUACUUGGAAUAUUUGAUUGUGGGCAUCGUGGGAUCUUUGUCACAAAGACCCUGCACAAAUAAUAGUGGCUUCAUCGAAACCAGUAGUUACUUUCUGGGAAACGACAUUGAAACUUACCCUGUACAAUACGGAGACUGCUCCUUCGGUCAAUCUCUGUGUAACUACACUCAGUUCUGUACAGACUAUGAUGCAGAGGACUGGCGACAAAUCGGAGAUCACGCUGAGUGUCCGGGGAAGACUGGAAGGUAUAACUCCUUCUCAGUCCUGGUGUCGCCGCUGCUCCAUAUCAGUCACGUGACCUGCCUUACGUUUGAGUACACACAAGAAAUACCAGGAACACUGAGUGUUUACCUGGCAACACGCAUUCUUUUAUUUAGUGUCAUGACUGAGGAGGUUAACGAGAUACCAGAUUUCAUCUCGCAUAAGAUUGAGUUAUCAAAUACCACUGGUAAGCUUGCAUUUCGAGCUCGCAGUGCCGAUACUAACAACAAAGUUCAGCUCCGGGGUGUCAAACUACAGCCAGGAUCAUGCACUGGGCCUGCAUGUUCGUUUGGGCUCGGAGAAAAUACUCCUUCAACUUGUGGCUGGACUCUUGACAACUGGGACAUAACCUUUCAACUUAUGUCUGAAAACGUCAGAGGUGCAACGAGUAAUGGAUAUUUUGCUUACGUCAUCUACCCGACUAUCAAAGCCACGAUGACCACUACCCUGGCUCAGUCAACAGGUUCGCAGACAGGAUGUCUGGAGUUUUUCUUCAUUACCUGUGGCCGUGAGUGUAGACUACUUGUGUCAAUUCAAAGUUUGGACGGAAAUCGCAGAGCGGUCUGGGUAGUGUCUUCAAAUACAUCAACUGUCGACUGUUUACAAACAUGGCAACAGGCAGCAGUGCCUCUGUCUUCCUCAGCUGCAUUUACAGUGAUGUUUGAAAAUGUACCAACGGACAAAAGCUCGGGGGUGGUUGCUGUGGACUCUGUUCGAUACACGACACAGCCGUCACCAUCAGCAUGUCCACUUGCCCCACAGCACGCUCUGCCACGUGACGAUGACGUCAUAUGGUCGUUGCCGUUGAGCUCUACACAAAGACUGUCAGGAGACAUCAGUACGGUGACAGAGUCAGCGGUAGAUAACCCACGAACGACCGUUACAUUUCGUCAGUCAGGGUUGUCUAGUUUAGUGGAUGUUACUGCAGUUCUCCGGUCACAAAGUGGAUUCAGCAGCAGUGCCAGUAAGUAAUAAAAUACGUCUCCCUGUCUGUUCCUCUGUUUGCUUUUUAUGUAUAGAAAUGGUUAUUUUUAAAAAGAGUUACUAGACUUUAUCUUAAUAAUUAAGGAACAAGGAGGAUAGAAUGUUUUUUAAAAAGAGAACCUGAAGAAUUUCAAGUAGCUUGUGUCACAUUUUCCUCAUUAUAGUUCUAUUUUCAAACAGAAGAUAGACAACACGAGCAGAAAAUUACUUAAAUAUGUAAAAUACUUACAUCAUUGCUAUAAAUAUAUUUCAUAGUUAUAUAUAUAUUGUGGGUGUGUAAAAAUGAUCAAUUGUUAAUCAAAAUCACAACAGCCCAUGUCCCGAAGCAGCACCGCAUAGCAUAAAGAAUUACAUCAAAAAUAAUUUGAAAGGAUCAUGAUCUCAUGA